ACUGUACUGAGAGAGCUCGGCAAUCCCAAGGCUAGGUGCUAUUGCGAACUACCGUUCGCACAUGCCUGGUCAUGCGAUGAAGCAGAGAGUCUGAUUUGGCCUCGAUUGCGUGGCUUCUUGACUUGCGCAACCCGCAUCAGCAUGGCGACAGCCUUGCGUGCGACGCGACUUGCCGGACCGCUCAGACUCAGCAGCCGCUCAUUCCGCUUGCGGAGCGGCUCAGGUAGUGCGUGCCAGCGUGAUUUAGUCCACGUCAGCGCACUUCCACAGGCCCGUUUAGAAACCUCAUAUUGCCACGUCGUCCAUGCGAAUCCCGCUGAUAGAUUACACCAAAACCUCGCACUUAAUCGACCGAGUAGAUUAGAAACCUACGGCUCCUCCUUCAGGGGUAACGGGGUCAAAUGGAGCAGCAGCAGCGCCAGCAGCAGCAGCAGCGGCCGGGGAGCGAGCCACACAGGAGGGGGGAGUGCUCGAAUCGGCAGCCGGCGAUUAGACGGCGGCGUGAAGCGAGCGAGUGGAGUCGGACCGGUCACGACGGCGGCUCAACCGGGCGAAGAACUCAUGCACCAGUUUUACGAGAUUCGAAGGGAUGCAGAGGCGGUCAAGGAGCAAUUAUCAAACAUCACAGCCACUGCUGACCUGCCACGUCAGCGCGCAGCCAUUGCUGACCUGGAGCGUGACGUGGCACGGGAGGAUCUGUGGGAGGAUCCAGCUCAGGCGCAGCAGCUGAUGACGCAGCUGACCGAGCUCAAGGAUGGGGUGAGGGAGGUGGAAGAGUUUGCGAAUAAGGUGGAGGAGGUGUGUCUAAUAGUGGAGCUGCUAGAAGCGGAGCAGACGCCAGAUGCAUCGCUGGUAGCAGAGGCAAGGGAGGGGCUGCAGUGGGUGCGGGGGCACAUGGAGCGGUACGCUGUGGCGCAGCUGUUGGGGGGAAGGUUCGACAAGAAGGGAGCCAGGCUGACAAUAACAGCGGGGGCAGGAGGGACGGAUGCCCAGGAUUGGGCUGACAUGCUGCUCCGGAUGUACAUGCGGUGGGCUGACAGGAGGGGCUUUAAGAAGCGGGUGGUUGAGCGGUCAGAUGGGGAGGAGGCGGGGAUCAAGAGUGCGACACUUGAAGUGGAGGGGCGGUAUGCUUACGGGUACCUCAGUGGGGAGAAGGGCACGCACAGACUGGUCAGGCAGUCGCCGUUCAAUGCAAAGGGACUCCGACAGACCAGUUUUGCGGGCGUAGAGGUGAUGCCAUUGCUAGAGGAAGAGGCAAUCAAGGUGGAGAUCCCUGAGGAUGACCUGGACGUGUCUACGAUGAGAGCGGGCGGCAAGGGCGGGCAGAAUGUGAACAAGGUGGAGACGGCAGUGCGGAUGACGCACAUACCCACGGGGAUAGCUGUCAAAUGCGCAGAGGAGCGAUCACAGGCACAGAACAAGGCAAAGGCACUAGCGAUGCUCAAAGCAAAGCUAUUGAUUAUCCUGGAGGAGCAAAGGGCAGCGGAGAUUAGGGAGAUUCGGGGGGAUAUUGUGAAAGCGGAGUGGGGGCAGCAGAUUAGGAACUACGUGCUUCAUCCAUAUAAGAUGGUAAAGGAUCUGAGGACGGAUUAUGAGACAAGUGAUGUCGGUGGCGUGUUGGAUGGCGAUUUGGAUGAGUUUAUGGGAGCGUUUUUGCGGUCCAAGCAACAGAAGCUGCAGCAGGAGGAGCAAGACCAGCAACAGCAGCAGCAUCUGGUAUGAGAGAUGCUGAUGUUGCUGCUUUGUGAUGGAGCAUGGUGGGUCGGAUCGGGAAGGGUGACGUUUCAUGAGUGCACGGGGUUUUGUUCCAAGUCACCAAUUAUCUGGAUGUCAUUAUUUUUUUUGUAUGGGAGAAAUCAGGCGUUUGUACUAUGAUGAGUAACGUCUGUUUUGGGGGAUAGCAUGUUCACUCUUUGAUCAAUACUGUACCUUGGCCACAGUUCCA